CACCACCACGCGCUUCCGCACCCGCCGCCGCCGCACCUCUCCGUGCCGCCGCGGCCCUGGAGCUACCCGCGCCAAGCGGAAUCGGACAUGUCCAAGCCACCGUGCUACGAAGAGGCGGUGCUGAUGGCCGAGCCGCCGCCGCCCUACAGCGAGGUGCUCACCGACACGCGCGGCCUCUACCGCAAGAUCGUCACGCCCUUUCUGAGCCGCCGCGACAGUGCGGAGAAACAGGAGCAGCCGCCGCCCAGUUACAAGCCGCUCUUCCUGGAUCGGGGCUACACGUCGGCGCUGCACCUGCCCAGCGCCCCCCGGCCCGCACCGCCCUGCCCUGCGCUCUGCCUGCAGGCAGACCGCGGCCGCCGGGUCUUCCCCAGCUGGACCGACUCGGAGCUCAGCAACCGAGAGCCACUGGAGCACGGAGCUUGGCGCCUGCCGGUCUCCAUCCCCUUGUUCGGGAGGACUACAGCCGUAUAGAGGGGCGCCCGGCGUCCCGGGCCCCACCUGCAGACUCCUGGCCUGAUUGCGGGGCUUUUUAAAUGCUUCCCUUGGACUGUGGGGGGUGGGGGGGUGGGGAGGGAGGGAUUUCUUACCCCGUUUGUUACAUUUUGAGGAUAAUAAAGGUGUGUGAUCUGGUUUGGUACAAGCGGAGGGGGCACCCACUGCUUGCGCCCAAGGUUCUAGCGGCCAGGCCUGCCCGGCCUUGGCGGGACCUUACCUAAAUGCACCUUUCAGCUACAAACUGGCCAGA